AUGGCUACUGGCAUUCUCCUCCACAGCUCCCUGCCCUCCCCCUCCAGCUCGCCGCCCGCAACAGCGACCACCGUCCCCGCCAGCCACCCCCGUCGUUCCAUCCGCUUCGCUCCCCUCCCCGACCCCCGUCGCGCUGUCCUCAUCACCGACGACGGCGACGAGCUCCCAAUAGCCAUCCCCCACGACCACGAUCUCAACCACAUCCCCGCCUCUCUCGUCCUCUCUCCCCCUGCCAGCCCCUCCCCCCGCACACACGACAUCCGCACCGACACCAGCGACGAGCGCGAGAACAGCAGCGCCUCAUCUACAAAUUCCUAUCUCUCCUCCUCAUCAUCUACUUCUGCUUCCUCCACCUCCACACCACGCACAACCACCCCAAGCGACGCAUCCCCGCUCUCAAGCGUCACUUCGUCCCCUGUAACUGCCCACUCCGCUCUCCCCUCGAGCACCACAAAGUGCUCCCCGCCCCUUCUCACCGCCCACAAUCCUCCCUCUUCAUGGCCCAAGCCCCGCAAUCUAUCUCUUCUUCGUCCUUUUAAGCGCUCUUCAACAUCCUCUUCUGGCUCUAGUUCCCAUUCUCUCACACCCACCCCCUCAAUAGAGGCCAGCCAGGGCCAUGGUCACUCACACACCGCACGCAAAGCCCUCGCCCUUUCAAAGGAAGAAAUUCUUACCCUAGGCGCCAUAAAUCUCUUUCGCACUUCCUCCCGCGAAUCUACAGACACCGCAUCUACAGCUACAAGCUCCGGUUGGGGUCUUGGUCUCUCCCGCUGGACCUCUGCCAACGGCUCCGACAAGUCUGCUCCCAUCCUCAGCGGUUCAAGUCCCCUCGCCAGAACACAGAGCACUCAAAGCUACAAGUCAAAAUCAAAACAGCCCUCUUCCCUCGCUUCAGAGCCAAAGUCGGCUUCCCAGCCUGCAGCCAGUCGCCAUAAAGGUACUCGCAUGCUCAAUGGCCGGGUCUACGGCUCCAAACGCCCUGCCACCAACCCUAAUCCAUUUGCCAAUGCGCGCGAUGACGAGGAUGAGUUUGUUGAGUGGGGAUACGGCGGCAUGGGCUCCGUAAAAGGUGCCAAGAGCGCCGGUAUGGCUGGAACCAGCGCUGUCAAUUGGGAGAGGCUCCAUGGUGGAGCAGGCAUGAAUGGACGCGCUCCGAAGCAGGGUGUCGGCGGUGUCGCUGUUUCUACCUCUUCGGCGAUGGCGGAUGACGACGAUGGAAGCGGGAUGGGAUGGGUAAAGAGAAGAAGAGAAGAGAGAGAAAGGAAGAAGAGGGAAGAAGAAGAAAAGGCGGCGAGAGAGAAGGAGCAGGAGCAGGCGAAACGAUCAGUCGAGGAAGAAGUGACAGAGAGUAAGAUGAGUACCCCGACGCCCACGCGCAUGUCGACUAUGGAAGCAAACACAUCCGAGAAGGACAGUGAGGUUCCCGCUGCAGAGCCGUCUUCAUCGAAUCCUGAGGAGCAGAAACCGGAGGAAAUGAACCAGGUUGUUGGCGAGAUGAAAGAAGGAUUCGUGUUUGGCGGUGCUCUUGUUACGGAUGAGCCAGAACAGGAAAAGGAGAGGGAACAUACUCCCGUCGUCGUUCCCGUCCUCAUGAGACCUCGUCACCUUCAUCAUUCUUCGUCGCAUCGUCAUGGAAGGAGUAUGUCGGGUUCUGGAAUCAAGUCGGCUGCAGGGUCAAAGGAGCUUCUAGCUGCCGCUACUGACGAUACGGCAGUCGUACCUGAUGGCGCCGAGGCUGCCGUUGCUGAGAAGGAUGGAGUACAUCACGAUAGCAAGAGAGAGAGUCUCUCGUCUCUGUCUACCUCUGGAAGCGACGAAGACUCGGAAGAGGACGAGGAUGCAGACGAUGGUGGAGAUGAAAACGAGGAAGAUGAAGAGGCGGAAGAAGAAGAGGGCAGAAAGACAGCGUUGGGAGCAGGUGUGGAAAAAGUCAGUCGUCAUAAAGAGUAG